AUGAAGUCCUUCGAGAGACUGGUAUUGUUGCACCUGAAGGACAUUAUAGACCCCCUGCUGGACCCCCUGCAGUUUGCCUACCGGGCAAACAGGUCGGCGGAUGAUGCUGUCAACAUGGAACUGCACUACAUCCUGCAACACCUCGACUCUGCAGGGACGUACGCCAGGAUCCUGUUUGUGUACUUCAGUUCGGCGUUCAAUACCAUUGUUCCAGACAUCCUCCACACCAAGCUCACCCAGCUCACUGUGCCCUCCUCCACGUGUCAGUGGAUUACAAACUUCCUGACUGACAGGAAGCAGCAGGUGAGGUUAUGGAGCAUCACAUCCAGCACCCGGACUAUCAGCACUGGCGCCCCCCAGGGUUGUGUGCUCUCCCCACUGCUCUUCUCCCUUUACACCAACGACUGUACCUCUAAAGACCCGUCUAUUAAACUCCUGAAAUUUGCAGACGACACAACGAUCAUCGGCCUCAUCCAGGAUGGUGACAAGUCUGCUUACAGGCGGCUGGUCUGCUGGUGUGGUCAGAACAAUCUGGAGCUGAAGACACUCAAAACUGUGGAGAUGACAGUGGACUUUAGCAACUCUGUGACUGCUGUUGAAAACUUCAAGUUUCUGGGCUCCACAAUCUCCCGGGACCUGAAGUGGGAGACCAACACAGUCACCAUAAUCAAAAAGGCCCAGCAGAGGUUGUACUUCCUGCACCAGCUCAGGAAGUUCAACCUACCUGAGGAGCUGCUGUCACAAUUCUACUCUGCCAUCAUUCAGUCUGUUCUUGGCUCCUCAAUCACUGUUUGGUUUGGAUCGGCCACAAUACAGAAUGCAACGGACAAUAAGGACUCCAGAGAAAAUUGUUGGUGUCAGCCUGCCCUCCAUCCAGGACCUGUACCUGACCAGAGAAUCCUCUGCACAGCCACAUCAGACAAAUGUUUGUCUGCACCCUGCCAGAAUGGAGCUACCUGUGUGGACACUGUGGAUGACUACGCCUGUAUCUGUGCCAGAGAAGGGGUCCAAUACAUGGGCAAAAACUGUGAUGAAUUCUAUGAUGCCUGCUCCUUUGCACCAUGUGAAGUCUGUUCCAGCACCCCUGGGACCAGAGACUAUAAUUGCAUCUGCCCAGAAGGACUUAUGGGUGAUAACUGCACAGAGGAGGUGGAUGAGUGUCAGAGCAGCCCCUGCUCUGAACCCCGUUCAAUGUGUAUAGACCAGUUGAAUGGUUACUUCUGCAGAUGUCCUGCUGGGUUGGGAGGACAGGUCUGCAAAACACGUGUAACUGACUGCAUCGAUGAACCCUGCAGGAACAAUGGGACUUGUGUGUUACAAGCAGAAGGCUUCGAAUGCCAUUGUGCACCAGGGUUCAAGGGGAACACUUGUGAGGAAGAUGUGAAUGAGUGUUUAUCAGAGCCUUGUCAUAAUGGAGCCAUUUGUGUAGACGGGGUUGCAGAGUUCCACUGCUUCUGCGUGCCUGGUUUUCAGGGCUACAAGUGUGAAAUAGACAUCAACGAGUGUGCUUCACGACCCUGUGAGAACAAUGCCACGUGUAUCAAUGAGAAAGACCACUAUAACUGUGAUUGUCUGGCAGGCUUUGCAGGAGUCAACUGUGACAUUGAAAUAGACGAGUGUGAGUCCAGUCCCUGCCGCAAUGGAGCCACCUGCCGUGACCUGAUCGGCAUGUACUCAUGUGAAUGUCUGCCUGGGUUUGACGGCAUCGACUGUGAGGUUGAUGUUGACGAGUGUGCCAGUGAUCCCUGUCAGAAUGUAGCUGUCUGUCAUGACAUGGUAAACAGCUAUGAAUGUGACUGCAGUGAUACAGGAUUCCAGGGUUACCACUGUGAAGUGGACAUCCCUGAGUGUGCCUCUGAUCCCUGCCAUCAUGGUGCCACAUGUCUAGAGGAGGUCAAAGGAUACACCUGCCUCUGUUGGUCAGGUUAUGAAGGACCAAACUGUGAAAAUGACAUAGAUGAGUGUGCAGAGCAGCCUUGUGAGAAUGGUGGGGAGUGUUUUGAGCGUUCAGAUCCUUCUCACUGGGAGAUGGAGUGGGAGCUCAGCUUUGCAGAUGCAGCUGGAUAUAUUUGUCAGUGUCAGUCUGGGUUUGCAGGAGAGAACUGCUCUGUCAACAUUGAUGAGUGUGAGUCUGAACCCUGUCAGAAUGGAGGCAGUUGUGAGGAUAAGAUCAAUGGCUACAUCUGUACAUGUUCAGCAGGAUUUCUAGGUGAGCUGUGUGACAUUGACAUUGAUGAAUGUGCAAGCCAACCCUGUCAGAAUGGUGGCUGGUGUGAAGACAGCAGAGCGUCCUACAUCUGCCACUGUCCUGAGGCAGAACCAGGUGAACUUCCUUGGGGAGGAUAUCACUGCGAUGUGAGACUCCAUGGCUGUGUGGACCAUGAAUGCCAGAAUGGAGCCACCUGUCAUCCACGGCUGGAGAGUGGAGAACACAAUCACAUAUGCUUGUGUCCUCAUGGCUUCUAUGAUGAGCAGUGCUCCACAAGUACAACAUUCUCCUUCUCCACUCCAGGAUUCAUUCACAUUCAGAUUGCUCUAAAAGAAAGGAGCCGAAGGGAAGUUGAGCACCAUGUUCAAAUAGGUUUCGAGGUACAGCUACGUUUUAGGACCACUAUACCCAAUAUGUUGUUCAUCUACAGAGGGGAUGUGGACAACCACCUUAUCCUAGAGAUUGUGAAUGGUGGUCUUAGGGCUAAAGCUUUUUCUGAGGAAUCGUAUCUGGAUGUGACAUUUCCAGGCUUGGUUAAUGACGGGGCCUGGUGGGAUGCUCAUGUUCGUCUUGAUAAUCAAGGUCUAAUUCUGAUUAUAAAAGGCCCUGGAUGUGACAAUGAUGGGUGUAGGGUUAUGGAUAGCACACAUGAAUUACCUUUCCAGCCCUCUGAAGCCUUCACUAACAUUUAUAUAGGUGGAGCACCAAAGGAGCUUUUGGAGGGCUUUGCAAGUGAUGUGGGAUUCAUUGGAUGUAUGGAAGACCUAAUGAUAGACUCUAAGCUUAUCCUACCCCAAACACUACCAGAGGACCAAGGCCACGAGCUGGGCUGCAGUAAGAAUGAAUGGUGUAAGCCUGAUCCCUGCUAUGGGCAUGGACGUUGUGUGGACCUGUGGACCAGCUACCAGUGUGAGUGUUACCGUCCCUUCCACAGUGAGAGCUGCUCUAAAGAAUUCCCUUCAUGGACAUAUGGCUAUGAGGAAACUGUGAGUUUCAGUGCCUACACUGUAAGUAAGAGCCUUGGGAACAACUUCAAUGUGUCCUUUUUCCUGAGGUCAUUAAAGCCAGAUGGACUGCUGUUCCAGCUGAGGAGACCUACAGAGGAGGAGGGGGAAAAGAUCUACUUCUCAAUCCAUCUGGGGAUGGGCAGAAUUCUGGUUAGCUCUCUGCCUAACAGUGUCCCACUGACAGCACCAGUAUUUGUGACCACUGGCCAGAGGCAACUUUUGCAGGUGGAAGUCCAACAUAGACAAGUGAUCUUUGAGCAUGCAGGCCUUCGCUAUGGAAUAGGAGAGAUCCCUGAAGUGAAUAUUAACAGUGGAGAUCAGGCCUAUGUAGGAGGGCUUCCAGGAGACUUGGACUCAGAUGUGUGGGGGGGCUAUUACAAAGGUUGCCUGCAGGACCUUCGUUUAGAUUCAGUGCAUUUGGAUGCAGAUGCCUGGAACAUUUUGGAUGAAGAGAAACUGCUUUUACCAAGUGAUGCUGAAAAUGUAAAGGAGGGGUGUGUCAGUGAUGAUACUUGCAAGAUGAAGCCUUGUCAAAACGGAGGAGAAUGCACCAUCACAUUCAACGAUUUUACAUGCUCCUGUCUGGCAGAAUACACCGGAAAGACCUGCAAAAAACGUGUUUGGUGUAUAAGUGGUCCUUGUGUCAAUGGUGGCCAUUGUGUGGACCUCCCUGAUGGAUAUGAAUGUCUACACAAUGCCACAUUUGAGAACAAUCCUCUGCAAUACAGCGCCGGAGGCUCCCUGACUGAACCUGUCUCCAAUAUAUACAUGGAGCUGCGGACUCGAUCAGAGAAUGCUGUGCUUCUGAGGGCCUCUUGGGGCUCUGACCUGUUUAUGGUGGGUCUUCUGGACUCCUCAGUACGAGUAGAAAUCCACAUUGGCAACAGUGUAGAGACACUGACCUUCACAGGAGUUCGCAGAGUAGCUGAUGGGAGCUGGCAUCGUGUGAACGUCUCAAUGGCUGAGAAGGAGCGCAAACCUGCUCCCUGGGUCAUCACUGUGGAUGGAAUCAUAGAUACCAGCAGCUUGCCAGAGCGCACAAAAAGCCUGCAAUUUAUCAAUGAGCAGGGGGCCAUGUUGGCCAUUGCAGAGAGCUUCACUGGCUGCUUGGGUGCAGUGAGAGUUGGUGGAGUCCACCUUCCUUUUAUUGAUAACUAUAAAGCACCACAGCAAUCCCAGUUCCAUUUUAUAGGAAAACCAAAGCUUAAUUUAGGCUGCACUAGUACCCCUGUUUGUGAUUCAGGCCCUUGUCUAAAUGGAGCCACAUGUGAGGACCUCUUCAAUAAAUUUGGCUGUGUGUGUGACUCUGGCUGGGAGGGAGAUCAGUGUGAGACUGACACUGAUGACUGUGCAUCUCAGCUCUGUGUUCAUGGAACCUGCAAGGACUACUUAGCUGGUUUUGAGUGCUAUUGCCACCAAGGAUAUACUGGCACACUCUGUGAUGAAGAUCUCAAUGAGUGUGAACAUCACGCUUGUGAACAUGGAGGCACCUGUCAGGAUGGACCUAAUAUGUACACCUGUAUAUGUCCCAAAGACUACAGUGGUCCUCUCUGCCAGUGGGACUAUCCCCCAAUACAGUGUGGUGAUAAUGUCCAGUGUGAAAAUGAUGGGAUCUGCAAUGAUGGGCUUUGGGGAGCUAACUGUUCAUGCAUGCCAGGUUUUACAGGCACCAGAUGUGAAACAGAGAUUGAUGAAUGUGAGUCUAACCCCUGUCGAAAUGGUGGAUCCUGUUUGGAUCGGUUCCACAUGUUUGUGUGCGAGUGCCCCCCUGGCUACAGUGGUCCAGUGUGUGACACUAACAAACAAGCUCAUAAAGAAGGCCUCUCCUGGCUGGUGGUAGCUAUCCCGCUGCUCUGUUUCUCCAUUCUAACACUGAUCAUCAGCUUGACCUUCAUGGUGCUCAUGGCCAGAAAGAAACGCCAGUCGGAGGGUGUAUACAGCCCCAGUGCUCAGGAGCUGGCAGGUGCCCGGCUGGAGAUGGACAGCAUGCUCAAAGUCCCACCAGAGGAAAGACUCAUCUGACAAAAAGGCUGAGAAACUAAGGGUGUUAGAGGUGAUACUAGCACUAUGAG